AUGGAGUCUGCCUUCGUCGAUGAAUCCCGCCUGAACGAUGAGCUGAACCACAUAAUCAUUGACUUCCCCUUAAAGGAUCAGUUUGAUUAUCUGCAAAAGUUGCAUUCCUGCUCGGUCACUUGUGGUGGUAGUCCCACUACCAGCGGGGAGAUGAUGUGUCUGCCGACUCCUCUCAAGGGGGAGCACUUUUCCUUUCUGCUUGAGAGGAAGACAGCUGGUCCAGACGCUAUCGAGGGGAACGCAACAGAUGUAGGGGCAGGUGAGUUGUCGUCCCGAAGUGUAGAUUUCCCCACCGCUAACCUGAACAGUGAGGAUGUCCCCACGAAGGUGUGCCCAACAGACGAAGUGAAUGCCGAUCGGGAGAAGCUAAUGAGCGACAUCCUCUUCUUGUGCUUCCACAAAAACGGGUGCAAAUACGUAAUAAAAAAAAUGAAGGAAAAUGAGGACACAGAGGAAAAGAGGAUAAUACAAAAAUCACUCCUCCUAGAUGCAGUAUCCCUAUGUCCAGACGUGUACGGAAGUUACGUUGCGCAGAGUGUCUUCGACUUAAGUGACGAUACCUACAAGGAACGCUUCACAGACCAAUUUCUUGAACAGACAAGAUUCCUCUCUCUACACACAUAUGGUUGUCGUCUCAUCCAAAAGUCACUCGAAUCUCUCUGCAAUGAAUACAAAAGUAAAAUAUUUAGACAACUACAGAACGACUUAAUUACGUACAUAUGCCACCAAAAUGGGAACCACGUAAUACAAAAGUGCAUUGAGGUGUUACCCUCUGGUCAUAUAGACACCAUUAUAAAUAACAUAGAGGAGUAUUUACCUUUCCUAAGUUCACAUGCUUAUGGAUGUCGUAUCGUCCAACGGAUCUACGAAGUGGGUAAUACCAACCAGAUCAACAGACUGAAUGAUAAGAUUGUUAAGAAAAUAUAUUUAAUAAAAAACCGGUAUGGGAAUUACGUUAUUCAGAAAUGCUUUGAACACUCCGACGACACGGUCAGGUUUAUCAUCACCGAUGAGAUUGUUAGCGAUAUUUACAAGCUGGCUUCUCACAAGUACGCCUGCAACAUAAUCGAGAAGAUCCUGCUAAAAAAGGAAUACAAAUAUAAAAAAAAAAUCAUCAAGAAAAUUGUGGAUGACAUUUCGGAUGGGAACGACAACAUCAUCACCAUUUGUAAAGACUGCUACGGAAACUUCAUGAUGCAGAAGCUGCUGACCACGUGCAGGAGGAAGGAGAGGUCCCUAAUUAUCAAAACGAUCAUAGAGAAUGUGGACAAGCUGAAGGAUGAGACGUAUGGCAAGUACAUCUUGAGAGCGAUCAGCAACCUAGAAACGUAG